CCGUCCUGAUCUAUCGUGUCUCUCAAGGCUUAUCAAUGCUCUAAAUCUGCUUUUAUGUUCUCUGGUGCCUCCGACGUUACCUAGCAGGUAUCCUCGGAUUUAGUGCCAAGAUAUCAGACGUUGUGAUUGGUCUGCGGCGGGAAGAAGGCUGAAGCUGCGGCCGCAUUGCCUCUUCUAUCUGCAGGCCAUACAUCAUUCAUUGACCUCGAAUAUCUACAGCUUUACAACAACAUCCAUCAGACACCUUCAAAAGCCAUGCAUCUGUUAGGGCUUUGCGCUCUGGCGCUCGCCACUGGAUGCGCCCAUGGCUACCUUGACACCACUCCCUUCUUCAUGUUUUCGACGUCAGAGCUCCUCAAUCCCGACUCUCGGCUACAAUCGGCGGACUCCCUGGUCUCGAAUGUCGCCAUUUCGCUAUCCUCUUGCCCCUCAGAAUAUUACAUUCUCAUAUCACAGCAUGGCGUUAGCGGCCGAGACUACACGUCUAUGAAAUCUACACCCGUACUGGCCAAGGCAGUGUCAGAGAGGCCAAGCACGGGCAUCCGGAGUAGCAUCAUCGUUCCAGAUGUUGCCGGCACGAUAGACUCCUCAAGCUGGAUAGAGACGCUCAAGACGAAAUGCGGCGUGCAAGUGACCGACAUCGACGCAUCAACGGGCGCCAUCCCAGCUCAGAUGCCACCCUCGCCACACGUCCUGAAAGUCUCUUUCCCUGCACCAUCAUCCUCCACAAAACAGCCGGACCUGUCCUCGAAUGAUGCCUUCUUUGCAUCGAUCCUCGAUCUCCUCCCGAGCCAGAAGUACACUAUUCUCUACACAACGACUCGCGCGAAACACAGUGGCUUCAUGGCCACGCAGGUGGAGAAGACGGAAUACGAGAUGGAGUCGCAGAUCCAGGAUGCAAUGCACAGUGACUUGAAGAGAGAUUUGAGUGCGCGCGCGAGUAAUCAGACAGAGAACCACUUGAUUGAUGGACCAUUGUUUCACAGAUAUCAAUUCUUUACGCCUGGUAUUUUCAUGGGCUUCCUCGUCGGACUACUCCUACUGUCAAUUCUUUAUGUUGGCAUCUCGGCCCUUGCUUCGUUACAGGUCACCUAUGCGGCGUUCGACAAGGAAACCAGCCAGCUCGGACAGAAGAAGCAGUAAUGAGAGAUGUAGCGACUAUCUUGAUGUUGGGGCCAAUGAAUUUCUGGAGCUCACAAGCAGCAGGGUGUAGUAUAUAGUAAUGGAUCAUGUCACACUUAUCGGGUUCUCGGUUUUCUCUUGCUCAAACAUCAGCUACCUUCAAGCACCUCUUCUCACUUACAGCUCGCCAGCGGUUUCUGCCGGCACUCAACUCCUCUCACUUCACUGCUCGCAAUAUCAGCGGUUGGCUUGGCGGA